CUGGUCUUAUGGCUUCAAGGCAGCUUUAGACAUCUUUGCUCAUCCCUAUAUAAAGGUUAAUCUUCCAUUCUGAUUCUCUUGUCACCCAGACAGGCACUUAGCAGCUACAAUGGAUGAAAUUGUGCAACUGAAUAUGGAAGGUGUGAGGAAGAAAAUCUAUCAUGGUGGUACAGGGGACAUACCAAAAUGUCUUACUGGAUCAAAGGUUACCUUCCACUUCCGCACAAUAAAAUGUGAUGAUGAAGGUACAGUUAUCGAUGACAGCAAGAAAGUUGGGGUUCCAAUGGAAAUCGUAAUUGGAAACAUGUUUAAACUGGAGGUCUGGGAGAUGUUGCUUGCUUCCAUGAGAAUUGGAGAAGUUGCUGAAUUUUGGUGUGAUGUCACACACACUGGUUUAUACCCGCUAGUUGCCAAGAGUUUGCGGCGGAUUGCAGAAGGAAAGGAUCCAACAGAUUGGCAUAUUCACACAUGCGGCCUUGCAAAUAUGUUUGCUUACCACACCUUGGGCUAUGAAGACCUUGAUGAGUUACAGAAAGAACCGCAGCCUCUUAUAUUUGUGAUUGAAUUAUUGAAGGUAGAAUCCCCCAGUAUGUAUAAGAGGGAGACCUGGGCUCUGAAUAAUGACGAGAAGCUGAAGGCUGUCCCUAUACUUCAUGGAGAAGGUAACAGGCUGUUCAAGCUGGGACGCUAUGAAGAGGCCACCAAUAAAUACAGAGAAGCUGUCAUCUGUCUGAAAAAUGUCCAGACUAAGGAAAAGCCCUGGGAAGUGCCUUGGAUGAAGUUAGAAAAGAUGAUCAACACUCUAGUCCUGAACUAUUGUCAGUGUCUGCUUCACAUGGAGGAGUACUAUGAAGUUCUGGAACAGACAACAGAUCUUAUCCAACACCACCCAGGCUUGGUGAAGGCGUAUUUCAUACGAGGCAAAGCAAAUGCUGAGGUUUGGAAUGAGGCAGAAGCAAAGAAAGAUUUUGAGAAAGUUGUUGACUUGGACCCAACUAUGAAGCGAUUGGUGAAGAAAGAAAUAAUAAAGUUGGAGAACAGAAUGCAAGAUAAGGAAGAAGAAGAGAAAAUGACGUAUAAACACCUCUUCUCCAAACCAGAUCAGAAAGAAAACAUUUAAAUAGAAGAAAUUAGUGAUUAUUGAUAUCAUAAAAGACCGUACUGUUCCUUUUCUGUUCAUUAGUGGAAAAACUAAAUCACAGAUGUUGCUCAUGAUGGAGACAUAUUAACCCAAUAUAGUUUGCACUUGUCCUUUGUUGAAUUCAGAAUGAGUUAGUUACUUAAAUGAGACUCUCGUUCUUGUCAGACACUGGCUAACAUGUAGAGGAGAAAUGUCUGCUAAAUCAACUUAAAUAUUAACCGGAAGGUGCUGUGAUUAUUCUGAAUUUGAACUGAUGAGCGAAUGUUCUAAGUACAAAAAAAAGCACUACAGGGUUUUCAUCUUCAGUUUGUACAAAAGCAACAAUUUUGUAAUCACCAUGAAAACAGGAAAUGGAAAGUGAAAGUGAACAUAUAUUUCAUCUUAAAAAAAAAUAGGGCAAACAAGAUAUAUAAUCUUGUGUGUUGGAAUCUGUUGUAUGUGCUGAUAAACAUACCCAGUGACUAAUGACAAUGAUUACAGUGAAGGAUACAGUAGACUGGCCUCUCACCUAGACUAGGUUUCAAGAUGUGUUUCUAACAGCAUACAAAUAAAGAAUGAGACCAUAUGUUAAAUAGAUCUAAAAAUGUAUCAUAACCAUUGUGAGAGUCAUUUGCAUGCCAUACCCAGUAUCCACAACUGGAGUUAUUGCCCUGUAUACAGAGGAGGUCUAACAUACAUGGAGCAUGUAGUUGUGUCCAGCAAUGAUCGACCAUUGAGGGUCAGCUCUGUAACUACACAUUAAAGGAUCCACUAGUAAAAUAUAUGGCUGUGUUUCUAACUCUGUAUUCUUUUAUUCACAUGCUGGAAGCUCAGAAAUAUACAAGUAACAAAUAGACAGUAAAAAAUAAAAGAGGAUUAAUAUUUCCAUUUACAUUUUGGAUUUAAUAGAGUGCAUGUUUUAACAAUGUUCGGGAUUAAAAGGGAUCACUACAAGCACACAGACAAGCACCCAGACCACUUCAUCUCAUUUAAGUGGUCUUGGAUCAGUGUCUGUCCCCUUAAAUCUGCAGCUGCACACAUUGCUGUUUUAGAGAAAGUACAAUGAUAACAUUGCAGGGUUAAGACUGUCUCUAGUGGUUGUCUACCAGGGAGCCACUAGAGGUACUUCCUGCAGUUCUUACUGAGUUUGAUCAAUGCUUUGCAUGAGGAUGUCCAGCGUCUUUAAAAAACCCAUAGAAAAUUUAUUGAGUCAAUGCUAUCCUAUAAGGAAGACCUAAUGGGCACACAAAUCGAAUGUUGUUGGAGGAGGACACUGACCCAGCACCAAGGGAAAUUGGUGCUGGAAUCAUGCAAAUCAACAAAGUUCUUAACCCUUUAUUUGCUUCUUGGGGGAUGGCAGAGGGCACUAUAGUGUUAGGAAUAGAGCUUUAUGUUCUAACACUAUAGUGUUCCUUUAGAUAAGAAUUAUAAAACAUAUCUUACUGAAUCAGAUAGCAAAUAAAGCAUACAGAUUAUGAUAGCAUAUAUGGGCAUGAAUUUCCUUUACUAGGGCUCUAAGAUUGUAUAAACUGUAAUACCAUUGCUCAAAUCUACUCCAUAACUUUUCUGACAAAUUCAGUUUUAAAGUAUUACAUAUUCUUUAUAGAGCAUUCCAUUGUAUGAAAUUAAAAAUAAAAGUGAAUAUUGACAUAGAGUUGUAUAUUACUAUUGUAUGAGUGUCAGAUCCAUUCUCAAACACUUUUGAAAAGAACAGAUAAUGAUACCAGGUAACAUCAAUCACCAUUCCAGCAACCUCUCUCCCUGGAUCUGCCUUGUCCUGUCCUGCAGAUGUAUAAAUAAAAGUCAUUGCUCAGAACAUGUCAUCAUUUCACACUAUUCAGUGUUUGCCUGUCCCUGAUGGAUUAUUAUGUUUCUUUUGUUGUCGAUGUCCCUCUGCUGACUUAAUACGUUUCUAUUUUUGCAGCUCAUACCUAAAUGGUACAUCUGGGUUUGUGCUUGUGCUUGUCUAAGCCCAGGUGGCAUGUGAUGUGUCUGAGAAAGUCUGGAAGGGGGAGGGUGGAGGACCCAGGUGUUAUAGUACCAGUUUUCAUUAUUUCCCAGUUUUUUUCUUGUUUUAUUACAUGGAGCUUUGUACUGAAGUCUAGAGGGACUGAAGGGGCUUUAGAAAGACUGCCAGUCUCGGAGGUUCAUUUUAAGGUAUAUGUAUGCUGUACAUAUGUUUUGCUGUGCUAAUUAAAGGGUUACCCCAACCACCAUGACCAUUUCAGUGAUGUGAAGUGGUCAUAGUGGUAGGGGUCAAUAUGUGCAGUGUUUACGCUAGUUGUACCCCAGGCACACCUAACUUAGUCAGUCCAGAAUUUUUUCUAAUAACAAUCCUGUGCACGAAUGAGCUCUGAGCCGAUGAAGUGUUCCAACAAAAUGAUUCUUUUCGAGACGCAUUUGAUUAGAGUCUGUGAGACUCUUGGUGGCAUCGGAGAAAGCACGAAGAACAUCACUGGGAGCAGUAAUUUCAGGUAAGUUUUUAUUAUUAUUUUAUAGCUUUAUUACAUGGCCUAGCCAGUAGUGCCCAAUAGGGCAUUGUAAAUCUAAACGACCAUUUAAUCAGAGGAUAAGAGUAACUCUUCAAGUAUGUAGGGGAGAAUUUCAGACAACUAAACUAAAAAUGAGAAUGCAGUUACAUCACUGUCACUGGGAAGACAAUAUACAACAAUGGCCUUGAUUUAAUAUUAUUGGAUACGAUUUUCAAAUAACUGCAUAUAUUUAAAUAUAUAUAUUAAAGUUUUUGAAAAAUAUCAAAUAAUUUGAAAAGCUUAUAUAAAAAUUUUACAUUUAGGCCUAUAUCGGGGUACAUUCACUAAAUAGUGAUUUGUGGUCAUUUGACAACUGAGUUGCAAAUUGCUGGAAAUAAUGUUCAAGGUGCAGGGAGUUAAACAAUAUAUAUAUUUCGGCUUUAUUAAACUGGAACAGAUUAUUUUUUUUAUUCCCAGAAAAAGUACACAGUUUGAAUCACUUUGGCAACGUGUCCCCAUUGUAUCUCACAUUCUGAUAUUUAGGUAUGCAUAUUUUGACAAAUUGAAAACAGCUCACUGUGGAAAAAAAGCCCAGUGGUCUGA